CGGGUAUGUCAUCUCACGGCUGGCCGCUACGCACACGAAUUGGUGUCCUGAGAGGACGUGGGAGCUGCAUGGAAGGAAGGCAUCUGGCGAUGACAGGAUGGGAAUUGGGAGGAAUGUACACGCUUACAACCCUAAUCAUGUAUACUAGUACCUUACCUCUGGCUGCGUGGUCCUCGUUGAGGCGAUUGCAGAGGAGAGAAAUACCUAAUUGGAAGAGAAACAUGUCCCCUGGGCAAACAUUGGCAGUCUUGGGUUCCUUCCCGUGCUCUCCUGGCCCGGUGGCCGCUGCAGUCUCAAUGCUCCUUCCACAACUUACCUGUGGGAACCACCUUGCUCAUUCUCGCUGCCUGGAGUUCCGCAGUACCCUAUCCGUUAGCUAACAAGUGGGACGGUCAAAGGCUCCGCUGCCUUCGGUGGUGAAACUCCCCGCAAGGCCGCG